GAGCUAGUUACCUUAGCACAAAAGUCAAAAGUUAUUGCGAUUGGCGAAACAGGUCUUGAUUAUUAUCGUUUAGACGGUCGCACUAUCGAACAAAUGGCUUGGCAACGUGAUCGAUUUAGGACGCACAUCGCGUCAGCCAAACGUGUUGGCAAACCGUUGAUUAUUCAUACUCGUGCGGCUCAUGAAGACACCUUGGCGAUUAUGCGCCAAGAAGAUGCAGCUCAAGCUGGGGGGAUUAUGCAUUGUUUUACAGAAUCGAUGGACGUUGCCAAAGCAGCGCUAGAUUUGGGAUUUUAUAUCUCGUUUUCUGGCAUUAUUACCUUUAAAAGCGCUCAAGAUUUACGAGAAGUUGUCAAAAUGGUUCCCCUAGAUAGGAUUUUGAUUGAAACGGAUGCACCCUAUUUGGCUCCUAUGCCCUAUCGAGGUAAAACGAAUGAACCUGCGUACGUACAUUAUGUUGGCAAGCUCGUCGCCGAUCUGAAAGGGCUUACUCCUUUGACGAUGGCACAAAAGGUUCCACACAACAUCGUCUCAAAAGUUGAAUUAAAUGAUGAGCAAAUGGAUAAAAUGGCACCAGAUCUCUAUCGCGAAAUCCAAUUUGAU